AUUUCUCUAGAACAAGUCCAUCAAUUAAUAAUUCAAAAAAAAUAAACUAAAAUAAAAUAAGAGACGAGACGACAUGUCGUUUAAUCGACACUUGUACUUAUUGCCCGGAACUGGUGUGGUGAUAGGCUAAUAAGAAGCCACGUCACGAGCAAAAAAAAGAAAAGCAUAUUACCACGUGUCAGCUCUCCAAAACAUCAUAAGUUUGAGGAGCACCAUCGCGUCUGCAAUGGCCAUUGUCUCGUCUUCUCUUUGUUUGAAGAAACUAAUGCAGAAUCCAUCAACGCUCGCUUAUCCAAUUCAAACUACCCGCUCAAAGCUUUCUAUCAUGAAUCACACUUCGUCGUCUUCUUCUUCUUCUUCGUCUUCUCUGAGCUUCCAAGUUCCCGCAGACUUACAUUCUGAUGAAAUAAAGCGCAUUGCAGAUCAGACCUUCCAGAAUUACUCUUCAAAGUCCCUUAAGAGGAAAGGUAAAGGGAUUUGCAUUGUUUGGUUCAGGAACGAUUUAAGAAUAUUAGACAAUGAGUCUUUGCUCCAGGCUUGGCUUUCCUCUGACUCCCUUUUGCCUGUUUAUUGUGUGGAUCCUCGACUUUUCCAUACUACUCACCACUUUGCCUUCCCUAAAACUGGAGCAUUAAGAGCCCAAUUUUUGAUAGAGUGCCUGGCCGACUUGAAGAAUAAUUUGAUGAAGAGGGGACUCAACCUCUUUAUUAGACAUGGCAAACCUGAGGAUAUCCUUCCUUCUCUUGCUCGUGCUUUUUCAGCUCACACAGUAUAUGCGCAAAAAGAAACAUGCAGUGAAGAGCUAAUUGUUGAGAGGUUAGUCAGUAAAGCAUUGCAGCGGGUAAAUUUACCACCUUCUCCAGACAAAUUCACCAGCCAGCCUAAGCUACAGCUUGUUUGGGGUUCUACUAUGUAUCAUAUAGAUGACCUCCCUUUCAAUGCCAACAAUAUACCUGAUGUUUAUACUCAAUUCCGUAAGUCUGUUGAAGCAAAAUGCGUCAUCCGAGGUUGUCUUAAAAUUCCUGUGACUCUUGCACCAUCACCUCCUGUUGAUGAUUGGGGAUGCGUUCCAUCACUUGAUCAGCUUGGCCUUCAGCCCCAGAAGGUUAGCAAAGGAAUGAGGUUUCUGGGAGGUGAAACUGCUGCGUUGAGCAGGGUGUAUGAGUACUUCUGGAAGAAGGAUUUGCUGAAGAUAUAUAAAGAGACAAGAAAUGGGAUGUUGGGACCUGAUUAUUCAACAAAAUUUUCCCCAUGGCUGGCUUCAGGAAGCCUUUCCCCUCGUUUCAUAUAUGAAGAUGUAAAGAGAUAUGAAAAUGAAAGGCAAGCAAAUGAUUCCACAUACUGGGUCUUGUUUGAAUUAAUUUGGAGGGAUUACUUCAGAUUUCUCUCGGUCAAAUAUGGAAAUUCCCUUUUCCAUUUAGGUGGCGUGAGGAAAGUUGAGCGUAGUUGGAGUCAAGACCAGAAACUGUUUGAAUCUUGGAAAGAUGGCUGUACAGGGUACCCUCUCAUAGAUGCCAACAUGAAGGAACUUUCAACCACUGGAUUUAUGUCAAAUCGAGGACGACAGAUUGUAUGUUCAUUCCUUGUUCGAGAUAUGGGUGUUGACUGGCGUAUGGGAGCCGAAUGGUUCGAGACAUGUCUCUUGGAUUAUGACCCAUGUUCCAAUUAUGGGAAUUGGACCUAUGGUGCAGGAGUUGGGAAUGACCCUAGGGAAGAUCGUUAUUUCAGCAUCCCUAAGCAAGCACAGAUUUAUGAUCCUGAAGGGGAGUAUGUGGCGUACUGGUUGCCACAGCUGCAAAAACUUGAGAAAGAUAGAAGGCACUUUCCUGGAAAAUCAUAUAUUGAGCAAAUUGUACCUCUCAAAUAUGGGAACCCUAAGAAGCAUGAGGGUCAAGACAGGGGCUUUGCUCCAAGGCAGAGUAAUUAUAAUGCCAGACAGACAAAAGGAUUCAAGUCCAAGAGAUAAGGGGUACUUUCCAGGAUUUCAAGAAGGAGAUGGACCGUAUAUAUGCAUAUUUUUAACAAUCUCAGCUUAAUUUCAACUGACCUGUUCUCCAUAACUUCUAAGAUUCCAAACAGUAGAUUAUAGAUUGUAAUGUUAAACAUAAAGGAUAUAUGUGAUAGUAAGGGGUAAUUACUGCAUACCCUGUCUUUUUUCC